GCAUUCUAAUCGGGUUUCCGCAAAGAACUCGACGAAACCAAUGAUAGCUCUGUGAUAACGAGGAAAGAACUUCUAAAUGGGAGACAGUCCCGCAGUGAAAAGGGCCAGGAGCAGCGCCCCGGAGCUGGCGACCGAGGCGGUUCUGAAGAGAAGCGAGGAUCUCCCGGUGGCAGAAAAAGUUGAGGUGAAAGGUGUCGAUUUCAAUUCAAGAGUCGAACUUGACACACUUAUGAAUUCGAUGCUGACCACGGGUUUCCAAGCAACGCAGCUAGCUCGAGCUGUCAACGAAAUCAACAAAAUGCUGGAUUGCCGAGCGCAGGAACUUCCCAAAGAAAACCUCGACACUCUCGAGGAUGAUCCCUUCAUCGCCCGUAGAACGAACUGUACAAUCUUCCUGGGUUACACAUCCAACAUGGGCUCAUCUGGAGUCCGUGACAUAAUCAAGUUUCUCGUUCAGCAUAACCUAGUCGACUGCUUGGUAACUACGGCAGGUGGAGUUGAAGAAGAUCUCAUUAAGUGCAUGGCGCCUACCUACCUAGGAGAGUUCUCCCUCAGAGGACAAGAACUCCGGAGUAAAGGUAUCAAUCGGAUAGGCAACCUCCUCGCGCCGAACGACAAUUAUUGUAAAUUUGAGGACUGGAUCAUACCCGUCCUCGACGAAAUGCUGAAGGAGCAGGAAGCUACCGGUAUCAUCUGGAGCCCUAGCAAAAUGAUCUCUCGGUUCGGAGAGAGGAUAAACGACCCCUCUUCGAUUGCUUACUGGGCUCACAAAAAUCAAAUCCCAAUCUUCUGUCCAGCCAUAACUGACGGGAGCAUCGGUGAUAUGCUGUAUUUUCACAGUUUUCGGAGUCCGGGUCUAGUCGUAGAUCUGGUACAGGACAUCCGACGCAUAAACUCUAUGGCCGUCAAGGCGCAGCAUUCGGGAAUGCUGAUCCUGGGAGGCGGUGUGGUCAAACAUCAUAUCUGCAAUGCGAAUCUAAUGCGGAACGGAGCUGAUUUUGCUGUCUACAUCAAUACGGGGCAAGAGUUCGAUGGGAGCGACUCAGGUGCCUCACCCGACGAAGCUGUUUCUUGGGGGAAAAUUAAGGCCGCUGCUCAACCGGUGAAAGUGUGUGCUGAUGCCUCCAUCGCUUUCCCUUUGCUCGUUUCCCAAACUUUCGCGAAAUGCGUCCACAAGAAUGACGCUCAGUAA